AUGAACAAUUUUCACUAUUAUAGAGAAACAAGGAUUGUUUAAAAAUCUAUAAAAUAAAGAUCUGCUCAAAAAGUUAAUUAAUUUAGAGCUUCUAUUAAAAGUAUAUAUAAUUUUUUAAACUUAAGGUGUACAGCCGGUGGAUUCAGUUAUUUAUAAUCAUCAAAUACAAAGAGAGAUAAGGAUUAAAACAGAUCUAUAAUUAGGCUAAGAGUUAUUAGGAACAGCUUAAAAUAAAAGAUUUAGUCAGUUGCUAAAUCAAGUUAAUGAAAAACAAUAAAAAUUAACAUCUAAAGUGAAAUAAGAAAGAUAUAAAAAAUAACCUACAUUUCCACCUUUAAAAGGAUUUAGUUAACAUAGGUAUCAAUUUAAUUAUAGAUAUAAGCUAAAUCAUAGAAUAAUAACUUGAUACUCCAACUUUCAGAAAUAAAAAGGGAUAUUUAAGCAAGACUUUAGAAAUUGAAAAUUAAUCAAAUUUGAUUGAUUUUUAAAUAAAUUCAUUUUGUCAUCCAACAUUUGAUGAAUCUAAAUAAUAAAGUCCAAAUAAAGAAAAGAAAAAUGUGAGUUUUCCAAAAUGUAUCUUUUUUUGUGAUGUAAAAAAAGCAAGGAACUUUUUCUAAAUUCCAAGCUAAAAAUGA